AUGGCAGUAGUACCACUUCAAGCAUUCCAACCGCCUCUCGGUCCUCAGCCGGAUAGUGCUCUCUAUAGUCCCCAUCAGGUCACCCUGUGCAUGAGGGAGAAGGUGUUCUCGCUCACCGGGGACUCCUUCCACGUCAAGACGGUGGAUGGCGCAGAUGUCAUGAUUGUCAAAGCGAAGAAAUUGAGCAUGCAUCAGAGAAAGACCUUCACCGACGUACAAGGCAACGAGAUCUUCACUCUAGCUAAGAAGACCCUUGCAUUAUUCAAGUCCUUCGAGGGAGAGUCUGUCGCCGGCCACAACUUCAAGAUUGAGGGCAACUUCUCCAUUGGCAGCUCCAAAUCCACCAUAACUUUCAUCAACGCCGCGGACAGAACGCCCAUCGAACUGCGCCUGAAGGGAGAUUGGUUCGAUCGCUCUGCAAACAUCACCAUCGGCGAAAGGCCUGUUGCAUCCAUCAGCCGCAGCUUUGCCAACGCUCGUGAGCUCUUUGGAAGCWAGCAGACGUACUUUGUUACGAUUGCGCCCGGAGUCGAUAUGUCUCUUAUUGCGGCAWUCUGUGUUGCUCUUGACGAACGCGAGAACGAGAAGUGA